CUCGUUAAAAUUCAGAUUUCUGGGCCCCGUCCCAGAGUUUCUGAUUCAGUAGAUGUGGAACAGAGCCGGAAAUUUUGCAUUUCUAACAAAUUCCCGGGUGAUGCCGAUUCUGCUGGUCCCAGGACCACUCUCUGCGAACCUCUGGCCUAAAAUUUUGUCAUUCCUUUCUUCCCACUGAUUUCGAGGCAGUCUCUCGGUUUUCAAAACAACGCCCAAAGCCAAGCAUCAAAUACCCAGCAGCGCGGAAGCAACACAAAACGCGAACACAGCCGGUAGGCGGGUUCUAGGCCGCCCAAACCCGCGCGAGAGCUCACGUUCGACGUCGGCGUCGGCGUCAGCGUCACGUCGGCGUCGGCCACGUUCAGCGGAGACGGGAGGAAGAUGGCGAUUCCGGGCAGGCAGUCAAGUUCUGAUUCCCGCCUUCCCUUCUCGGUUUAGGAAUGUUGUGCUGAGAAGCCACAGAAAAGGGUAUGGGCUUACUUUGCCAAAGAAAGCACAGCAGUUGCACCCUGUUUUGCAAAAACCUUCAGUGUUUGGGAAUGAUUCUGAUGAUGAUGAUGAGACCAUUUAUCUCUCAAGCACAGAGACUGUUCUUGUUUUUCUGCUGUCUUCAGGAGCUAGAACAAUGCCUGUUAUGACCUCCGUGAGUGAAAGCCUUCAGAGAGAAGCUGCUAAGAAGCAAGCAAUGAAACAGACCAAAUUGGAAAUUCAGAAGGCCCUUGCAGAAGAUUCUACUGUAUAUGAAUAUGACAGUAUUUAUGAUGAAAUGAAGAAAAAAAAGGAAGAAAGUAAUCCAAAAUUGCUUUUGGGAAAAGACCGAAAGCCCAAAUACAUUCACAACUUACUAAAAGCAGUUGAGAUCAGAAAAAAGGAACAGGAAAAAAGAAUGGAAAAGAAAAUACAAAGAGAACGAGAAAUGGAAAAGGGAGAAUUUGAUGAUAAAGAGGCAUUUGUAACAUCUGCUUAUAAGAAAAAACUGCAAGAGAGAGCUGAAGAGGAAGAAAGAGAAAGGAGGGCUGCUGCACUUGAAGCACGUUUGGAUGUAACCAAGCAGAGCGAUCUCAGUGGAUUUUAUAGGCACCUAUUAAAUCAAGCAGUUGGUGAAGAGGAAGUACCUACAUGCAGCUUUCGUGAAGCCAGGUCUGGGAUAAAAGAAGAGAAAUCAAAGGGAUAUUCCGAUGAAGUAAGUUCAGAAAACAGAACACCUCAUGAGAACUGCAUUCGCCAAACCGUUGUGAAAGUAGAGGAAAACCCAGAUGCAGACAGUGACUUUGAUGCUAAGAGCAGUGAGGAUGAUGAAACGGAAGAAGAUAAUAAAGUGAACUGCAGAAGGGAGAAGGGCACAGAGACCUUAAAAAAUGACUCCAGGCAUCACAGGAGUCAUACCCACUCACGGUCAUCUAGUGAAGAAAGAGAGCAUGGUACCAAAUACCACACAAAAAUUUCCAAGUCAAGAGGACAUGAGAAAAGGGAAGAUCAACACCAAGAGAGACAAUCCACAAAGGACAACUAUUACGCUGACCGUGAUUACCAAAAAGAAAAGAAGGAUUCCCAUAGGCACAGAGAGGCCAGUUACAGAGAUUCACACUGGAAGAGGCAUGAACAAGAAGAUAGACUGAGGGGAAGAGACCAGAGAGAGAGAAAUGAUAGGGAAUGGAAAAGGGAGACAGACAGGGAGAAAUACCCCUCAAGAGAACAAGAAAGAGACAGACAACGAAAUGAUUAUGACCGACACAUUGAGAAAGGAGGAGAGAAGGAAGAGAAAAGCAAAGAAAAGGAAGAGCAUAUGAAAGCAAGGAAAGAAAGAUACGAAAACAGUGAUAAAUACAGAGAGAGAGAAAAACGAGAAGUAAGUGUUCAGUCUUCAGAAAGAAAUCAAGAAAGAAAGGAAAGCAGCCCAAAUUCUAGGGCAAAGGAUAGGUUUCUUAACCAGGAAAGAGCCAAUAAAAUGAGAAACAUGGAAAAGGACAAAGAAAGAAACCCAGAGAAACCCUCUAGUUCUGAAACAUCACUGGGAGCAAAACACAGAAUCACAGAGGAAUGCCAAGAGACUGGCAAAGAACAAGAGAGGCCACACGAGACAGUGAACAAGUUUGCAAAGCGGAGCAAUGAAGAAACUGUAAUGUCAGCAAGAGACAGAUACUUGGCCCGGCAAAUGGCACGGGUUAAUGCAAAGACAUAUAUUGAGAAAGAAGAUGAUUGAUAACUGCCCCAAUAGGAAGACCUGUGGAAGCACAGAAAAUUAUAAUUCCUGGAAAAUGUUGAGUGAACACAUGAAGGAGUGUGUUAACAGUGGUUGGGAGGGUAUUUUAAAAUAUAUUUUCAAAAUUCAUUUUUGGUUUAGGUUUAAGUCAGAAGUCAAUCCUUUUAUCUUGAAUGUUUAACUAAAUUAAUAUGUAAUAUUUACUUACCAAUACCACAUUCUUGGUUGUAUUCAAGCAACCUAAAGAGAAUGCUGAAUCCCCGUAGGUACUUAAUGAGGGAAAUUGGCUCCACUACAACCAUUAAAAAAUAAUUUAAAUAACUCUUCUAUGUUGCUUUUGUUGCAGGAGCUGUUUGUUUUAUAAAUGUCAUGUUUCAGAUAAAAAUAUGUGGAUUUGAACAGAGAAUAUUGUUUUACUUUAUGUUCUAAAAUUUGUAUUAAAGUGUAAAAUACAAAUCACACAUCUUGUCUAAGCUUUUUAGCCCACAACGUACUCACUUAAAUGAAAAUAAAAAUAAUGAUAUAUUUGUAUGUUUAA